AGGGAACCAGUCCACUCCUUCCCCAGUUAACCAUUGGCGUUCCUACAGGUUUUUUUCCCACUCCUGAGAUGAGCAAAGGGCUCUGGAGAUGAUUUUCCCGCCGGGGAGCUGGGAGUUUCCCUCUGGGAGCCCUCAUCUUUAAAUCGAGGGCAAGGAUUAGGAUGCAGAGAGGAAAGGCAGAGGACAAGCCCCCCUCGCAGAGGGAUUCAGUCGCUGCCAGCGGCGCGGCCGAGCCGGAGCCUUCUCGGGGCGUUGUGCGAGCGCGCUCCCAGAGCAGCCGGGCUUUGAAACUUUCACUGCACAUCUGUGCAUCCCUGCCUGCGCUCGGCAGCCAGCCAAGCGCUGAAUUCCUGCGAGCCCGUGCAGCUCCCACACGUCCACAGCGCUAGGACCCAGAGGGAGCCGGCUCGCCGUGAAUCAGAGCGGAGCCCCGAGCGCUGAAUGAGGCUGCGACGGCAGCGGCGAUGUGAAUGGCUCUGCGGGCUGCCCACAGGGGCCGAGGACAGGGGUGCCACGGAGCUCGGAGCAGCCUGGACAGCCUCGGGCAGCGGCGAGCCCGCGGCGAGCAGCGCUGCGGCUGCCAGUGACCCACGGCACACACAGCUGGCAGGAGCAGCAGGGCCCCAUGGCAAGGUGCAGCCCAGCCCGGCUCAGCUCUGGAUGAAGUAAGGACCUUGCUGGGGGAGCAGUUCUUCGUGCAGUCCACUCACAGGUCAUAACGUAAUGCCCAUGCUGUUCUACACUCUGACUGUAGCUUUUUUGAUCGGCACACAGGCAGCUCCCAAGUCAGAGGACAAUGCCCCACUGGAGUUUCCUGCAGAACAUUCCCUGCUCAGCACCCGGAGCGACCGACACCGCACUGCCCAGGAGGCUCCGCAGACAUCCCACGGCCGCACCACGUGGAGCCUCGGCAGGAGAGAAGCUCUAAACAUCACCGUGGACCCCAAAAUCUUUCGGAAGCGGCGUUUCCGCUCUCCCCGGGUGCUGUUCAGCACGGAGCCCCCGCCGCUGGCCGGGCAGGGCCGGGAUUUGGGAUUUCUCAGCGGCGCGGGGGCUCUCAACAGGACUGCCAGGAGCAGGAGGAGCACGCACCCCGUGCUGCACCGCGGGGAGUUCUCGGUGUGCGACAGCGUCAGCAUGUGGGUCGGGGACAAAACCACGGCCACCGACAUCAAGGGCAAGGAGGUGACGGUGCUGGGCGAGGUCAACAUCAACAACAACGUCUUUAAGCAGUACUUUUUCGAGACCAAGUGCAGGGACCCCAAGCCGGUGUCGGGCGGGUGCCGCGGCAUCGACGCCAAGCACUGGAACUCGUACUGCACCACCACCCACACCUUCGUCAAGGCCCUGACCAUGGAGGGCAAGCAGGCGGCCUGGAGGUUCAUCCGCAUCGACACCGCCUGCGUCUGCGUGCUCAGCAGGAAGGCGGCCAGGCCCUGAGCCCGCGCCCUCCGACCCCCCUACCUCAGCCUGUAAAUUAUUUUAAGUUAUAAAGGACUGCAUGGUAUAUUUAUAGUUUAUACAGUACAGAAAGAACCUCAUUAUUUAUUAAACUCUUUUGGAAACCUU